GGCUCGUAGCGACCGUAGCGCGGACGCGAUGCCCGAACCGGCCAAGUCAGCACCCGCCCCCAAAAAGGGCUCCAAGAAGGCGGUGACAAAGACCCAGAAAAAAGGCGACAAGAAGCGGCGGCGCAGCCGCAAGGAGAGUUACUCCAUCUACGUGUACAAGGUGCUGAAGCAAGUGCACCCCGACACCGGCAUCUCCUCCAAAGCCAUGGGCAUCAUGAACUCCUUUGUCAACGACAUCUUCGAGCGUAUCGCGGGGGAGGCGUCCCGCCUGGCCCACUACAACAAGCGCUCCACCAUCACGUCGCGGGAGAUCCAGACGGCCGUGAGGCUCCUCCUGCCCGGCGAGCUGGCUAAGCACGCCGUCUCCGAGGGCACCAAAGCCGUCACCAAGUACACCAGCUCCAAGUAAAGCGGCCGGAAUCGGCUGCGGGGAACCGGCUCGGCUCAACUCAACCCAACGGCUCUUUUCAGAGCCACCCACUUCCUUACCAAAGAGCUGACGUUGCUGCUGAGGUGUCCCUUUUUUUUUUUGUUGUUGUUUACUUGGCAUUUUGAGGGUUGCGGGGAAGGGAUUUGGCGUUUCAAAGCCUGUCGCGAACGUAGAUAAUUUUGUCUGUUUUCUGAAAAGGCGUGUCGGUCGUUACGGGGUUCGCCCCCCCCCCCCGCCCUGCGCCGGGCGGCUCGUGCUGCCGCUUUCGCCUUCGAACCGUUCCCCCCCCUCCCCCCCAAUUGGUCGCGGUGGGCGAUGACGUCACAGAGGGGUGGAGCGCGUUAGCAGCGCGGGUUUCCCUCCGGUCCGCGCUGGGGUGUAGGAUCCGCCUGAGCGAAGCCGCAGUCCCCACUCCGCGCGUGGGGUGGGUGCCGGGUGGGUGGCGGCGCCGCCCCGGAGGUGGGGGCUGGGUGUUCGUGGGCUGCGCUCUGCCUUGGGUUUCACGGCUGGAGAGCUCGCUGUGAGAUCUGUCGCUGCUAUGUUUUUAAGAGUAGAAAUAAGGUUUUCCUGGACUGUUAUUAAAGUGUAAUGACUGUAGAAAAACCUGAGGUUAUUGAAAGUAAAACUUCAUUACCGUGUAACUAAUACUAGUGCUGUGUUCGGAUGCGAAUAACGCCGCCAUCCCCUUUUGUACCCCUGUUACUUAGGAAACACGUGAGUUCUUGUUCCCCGCGCGACGUCUUUCUGCGCUUUGUGAACUGUGUUUUCUUCGUCCGUGUGUGCGUGGGGGUGAGCUGGGGGAAUCCCAUGCAAAGUUAGUGUGUCCCGCCCUCUAUCCCCGCCUGGAUACAGGGUGGGGAAUAAAAAGGCCUUGAAAGGAUGAA